AUGUGGAGAAAGGACUUGCCGGUGGUCCGCUCCGCCCCUCUCACCGGACCCCCUCAACCGCUGUACCAAUUUCAGUCAGAUGAAUCUUCCUUCUCGGUACCGUUCUUUCCGAGACCGCCAUCUGCCACUAAGAUCAGAGAGAUCUCUCCUAACAUCACCAAGAAGCCUGACUCGUCAGGUCAGAUCGAAAUCCAACCCCUUCAUCAAAGUCUUCCGACAAAACCUCUUCAACAAUCUCCUGUCAAGAGACGACUUCCUCCACUCACGCCAAAUUUCUUUCAUGGUCCGAAACAUCGGAAUUGCUCCUUCUCGUCUAAUCCUCAGCUAUUAACGCCUGUAUCAGCAACAAUCGAUCUUCCGACAUUCCCUACUCCAUAUUCAUUUCCCGAAACAACAGAUUGCCCCUCCAGUUCAAGAUAUGUUAAGUCAGAAACACGGCUACCAAGACAUUCCAGCUUCAACCAAGGCAGAUCAGGCAGAUCUGAAUGCGCCAGUAUAUCGGUGACCCCAUGUGUUCCGCCAACUCCUCCAAGAUCGGAGUCGCCCACUAGUCCAUCGCCUAUUCCACCUGGCAGCCUUUACACGAUGACCACUUUCGAUGGUAAGAAUCUCGGCCUAGUCUCCACACAGAAGAUCGAAAAAGGAACUCUGAUACUUAAGGAAGCACCCUUCGCCACGAUUCCGGUGGCACAUAAAGACGAGGACCUUACCCACCAGCAUAUCUUUCCGGUAUAUACCACCUUAACCAAAGCGCAACGCAAUCUGUUUCGAUCAUUACAUAAGAGAACCGAUGAAAACGCUCAUCCGGACGAAAUUGUCAACAUCGUCGAGACGAAUUCAAUACCCCUCCAAACAGAUUGUGUCUCCGAAGCGAGAUUCUUAGGUCUAUUCGAAACGAUAUCAAGACUCAAUCAUUCUUGUUGUCCUAAUGCUGGUUGGACCUGGUACGAAGACGAACAAAUGCUCCACCUAUAUGCAUAUACAACCAUACCCUCGGGCACAGAAAUAACAGUAUCCUAUAUCGACGACAUCACAUGCCCCACAUCCGAAAGACGACACCAGCUCCUAUGGGGACACGGAUUCGCAUGUCAAUGUUCAUCAUGCACUCGAUCCCCUUUCCAGAUAGCCAAGUCGGAUAAAAAUCUGGAAAUGUAUCAUUCAAUAAGGAACAAAUGGACCAACUUACCUCUAAAACACUUCGCUAAGAGAUUACCAUUGGCAUUAGCAGAUCUAGAUCUAGCAUUAGACAUACUCAAGCAAGAAAAGAAGUAUGAUGAAUUUGGUGAAGUAUACGAUCAGCUAUUUUGGGUGUAUGUGGCACACGGAAAAGAAAUGGAAUCGAAAGAUAUGGCAAGAAGAGCCUUCAAGCAUUAUUCCACCAUUUGGGGUAGGGACAAAGCGUUGAUGCAGACGAAAUAUGGCGAGUUCUCAGAAGAUCCGACGCUGAACGAUGUAUGGGGAGUGUUGGGGGUAGAGGUGGAGCAAGCGAAAGUGAAAAAGAGAAAAGUUUUAUAG